GUCAAGAGGAGCCUGGCAGCCUUUCAGCAGCACAAGCAGGGUUGCUCCUCAAGGGGUCUUGUCCCUCCACCGGGACCCCUCCGAGACCCGAGCCUCCGUCCCCAGCGUCUCCGUGGCGGUGACUGUGAGACCAACUGCAACCAGGACUCCUCCUGCUUCCUUCCAUCCCCUUCCAUGGCCACUGGCGAGCGUGGUCACCCCGUGGUGAAGGAGAUGAUGGUGCUGGACGUGCAGACCAAGCCCCCACGGCCUCACUGGUACGAGCUCUACCUGCAGCCCUGCGUGGCCGAGCUGCUGGGCACUGCGCUCUUCGUCUUCACCGGCUGCCUCUCCGUGCUCAAGGACUCCAGGGACACGGGGCUGCUGCAGCCUGCCCUCGCCCACGGGCUGGCAUUGGGCCCCAUCAUCUCCAUCCUGGGAGGCAUCAGUGGAGGCCACCUCAACCCUGCAGCAUCCCUGGCAGUGUGGCUGGCUGGAGGGCUGAACAUCACCAUGCUUAUUCCUUACUGGCUCUCCCAGCUCUGUGGAGGGGUGAUAGGAGCUGGCCUGGCAAAGGCUGUGGUGGAGCAGGAGUCCUACAGGAAUUCCACAGGAGGAGCCUUCAGCAUCAUCACAAGUGAUGAGCAGGUCCCCUCUGCCCUGGUGAACGAGGUCAUCAUGACCUCCUUCCUGUUCUUGGUGGUCUGCAUGGGAGCCGUCAAUGGGAAGACCAAGUCCCCGCUGGCUCCGGUCUGCAUCGGCUUCACCGUCACGGCCACCGUGCUGGCAGGAGGCAGCGUGUCUGGAGCCUGCAUGAACCCUGCCAGAGCCUUUGGGCCCGCGCUGCUGGCCGGCUGCUGGGACUACCACUGGGUGUACUGGGUGGGACCCACUCUGGCUGCCCUCCUGGUCAGUGGGACAGUGAGGUAAGUGUGGGGGACCACAGCACAGCUGUGCUGGCUGAUCCCCAGCAUGGUGGGGUUGGAAGGGACCUCUAGAAAUCACCCAGUCCAACUCCCCUGCCCAAGCAGGGCACCCACAGCAGCCUGCCCAGGAUCACAAUGGCCAGGAGGGGUUGGAAGCUCUCCAGAGGAGAC